UAGCAGUGUUUACGUCUGAUUCCGGGAAACAAAUGUGACAGAUUCUCCCUCAAUUCUCCGCCAGAGUGAAGUUUGUCGAAAGCCGGCUCGUUUUUAACGAUUAUGAAUUUGGAUAGUAUUUACGCGAGAACGCGUUUAUACACGACAUUGAACAGAUUAGUAGGUUCAAACGAAUAUUCUUUCAACACGACAACGGUCGUCGACAGCAACAGCAGCAGCACCGGCAAACAUCGAAACGACUGAAGUGACCGCACGGGGGGGCCAAAGAAUCAGCUGAUCGGGCUGGACGAGCAGCGACAGGAGGAGACAAACGGUUGGCUGAUCGGAGAGCGGAUUGAUAUGGUAGUGGUAGUGAUGGUGGCGACGAUGAUGGUGACGGUGACAGUGUGGUAGUGAAACUUCCGGUACAGGUUGAGCCGAGCGUGUGUGUACACACAGAACCGUGCGUCGUGGCGUUUCGACCGUCCACGAUCUGCGAGCUACGUUAUCGUAUCGGGUAUACCGUUUCAUCCGCGUCUUGUUACGUCUUUUUCUUGUUGGCGCAAGUCGUGGGAACGGGCGAUAUCUUCGACGAGAGGAAUUCUCCGUAGGCACGAUCGGUAGACGUUAGUGCAAAGUAAACAGCACUCGCAAGGGAGGAGAGAAGGCGGAGGUGGUAAAAGAGGAGGAGGCCAAAAGGAGGAGGAGGAGGAGGAAGCGCAGCGAUCGCGACGUGCCCGAUCUGUGAUACUGCGUGAAGGGGCGCUCGCUCUUUUCUCUGGUGGUCGCGCUCGGCGACGUUCGCGCACGUCCAUCCACGCGCGCCGGGUACGGGGAGGAUAAACGAAGUAAAACGCGUGGCGAUCGUCCGCGGAGGGUGGCCGGAGCGACGACAACCACGGGGGACGAGCGUACGGUGACGACGUCGACGGCGACGACGGGGAUGCCGAUGACGGCGGCGUCGUCGUCGCGCGGCGACGCGUGCCAGGAGGAUCGUCAGCCGCCAGCCGUCGUCGUUGUCGACGGGGAGGCAGACGGCCGCGUUCGGUUCCGCGCCGGCAACCUCCGACGACGGCGCCGACGACUACCGCGACAGACGUGCGAGGGUGGCGACGGGGCCGGAGAGGUCGCCCAUCCGUCCGAGUGCAGCGCACUGUCCUAUGUCCUUGCGCGACAAAUCGACGACAAGAUCGACUACUGCCGGAGUUUGACCAACGCUAGAUUCGCGAACGCCGAGAAUCUUUAUAGGAAGGAUCUGCUGUCCCACUAUGGAUGCGUCAACGCGAUCGAGUUCUCCAACCAGGGCGAUCUGCUGGUGUCCGGAGGCGACGACAGAAGAGUUCUAUUAUGGAGAGUGGAGCAAGCGAUAAAUAAUUUCGGCAGGCCCACCGUGAUGAAAUCGCAACAUGUUAGCAAUAUAUUUUGCCUUGGUUAUGAUAGCAGCAAGACUAAGAUAUUCUCCGCUGGGAAUGAUGAUCAAGUUAUAGUUCACGAUUUGCGCACGGGCGAAUCCCUCAACAUCUUCCUGCACGAAAAGCCUGUCUAUGGGCUGUCCAUUCAUCCGCACAAUGACGAAGUCUUCGCCAGCGCCUGCGACGACGGGAGAGUUCUCAUUUACGAUAUACGUACUAACAACGCUAUGGAAACUUUGGCACAAUACAAAAGCGCCUUCCACUCUGUCAUGUUUAAUCCCGUGGAUCCGAGACUGCUCGCUACUGCCAACGCUAAAGAAGGUGUCAGUAUGUGGGAUAUACGAAAACCUUUGGAGCCUGUACUGUGUUAUGGAAGCCCGCAACAGAGUUGUAUGAAUGUCAGAUUUAAUUCGAUGGGUGAUCGAUUGCUGGCCUUACGAAGAAGACUACCACCGGUUCUUUACGCUGUCGAUUCUCCCACGCACUUAUGCGAAUUUGAUCAUACGGGAUAUUACAACAGUUGUACCAUGAAAUCUUGCUGUUUCGCCGGUGAGAAUGACGAAUACGUUCUUUCUGGUUCGGAUGAUUUCAACCUGUAUAUGUGGAAAAUUCCUCCUCCCGAUGGCAAAUCAUGGGUGGAAUCCGCCCACAUGGUGUUGCGUGGUCACAGAUCGAUCGUUAAUCAAGUUCGAUACAAUCAAACAAGCUGUAUCCUUGCAUCGUCUGGCGUCGAGAAGAUUAUUAAGAUUUGGAGUCCAUUUUCAUUUGGAAGCGGAUGUUUAGGAGGAUUGAAGAGAGACGCUGGCAAGCGCGAGAAACAACGCCGAGUAUUCACACAUGAUGAAUAUAUAGGACUGGUUUUACGUAGUGGACAGUUUAUGACGCACGAUUACAGCCAUCAAUCGACUAAGGAAGAUCCACGAAUGAUGGCCUUUUUCGAUUCCCUUGUGCAGCGCGAAAUUGAAGGCUGGAGUUCCGAGGAUGUGCCAACACCUCAUACUCCCAGCGAUUCUGAAAUAAAUCCAGCAACGGGCGAACCGUAUAGCGCGACAGAAGGCGAUGAUACUACGGCAUCGGAAGGCGGUGUAGCUCCCGAAAGGCCGUUAGAGUCGCCAAAUCGCAUAACUCGGCUUAUCGCGAAUCGCAGAAAAAAGCUCAUGCGAAUGGCCGCGAUGGAACGAUCCCCCUCGGAUUCCGCUAGUGAAGGAGACAACGCUCAUCUGAAACGCAGAUCCAAAUCGAAGUCAAAAUCGAAGAGUGUUAAGAGAAAACAUACCAGAUUGUCUAGCAGAAGAAGACUAUCUACCAGACGAAAGUGUACUGUGUUAAAAGUCAAUAGUGAUUCGGACAGUGACGACGAACGACCGGUUGAUGCGGCUCAACCCAGUACUAGUUCCGGGGUGAUUUUCCGGAGAUCGCGAUACGUCACUAGCGCGAUCGAGAAAGACGACAAGAGCUCGAGCUAUAGCAGCAGCAGUAGCUGCGUUUACGAGGACAUUGUCGCCAGUAUCAGUAAACGAAAACAUUCUAAAACUGAUUCGGAUACCUCCGCGAAGGCACACAAACGAAAGCAUCGAAAGUGCAAAAAUAGUUCUCGACACUCGAACGACGGUUCUGGUAAGAGCCAAAAUAAACGACAGAAACUCGAUGACGAUUCAGAGGAAGAAGAGAAAACUGCUAGCUCGAGAAAUUGUGUUAAUGGUAAUUCUAGUAAAGACCGUCGUGAAGACGGACCGUCAACGCCGAGCAACAAAUCACUUCAAGUUCCUUGUACUCCAGAUAGCGGUAUUAAAUCGGGACUUUCAUCUACGGGUGGAAAAAACAGCGAACAGACACGUAAGGAACGAAACAACAGAGGCGCGGACGAUAGUUCCGACGAGCAGAAACUGAAACGUAUAGAGUGUUUCCGGAAAAAAGUAGAGGAGCUAGCGAGGAGGAGCUAUCGUAAUCGAUCUGCGUCCCAAGCUCAAAAAGUUUCGACCACGAGUGAUUCUUCCGAUUAAGAGCUCACAUUUACUCAUCAAAAUCCCCGCCUCUCCCUGACGCGCUCUACUUCGAUCUCCUAUUCCCUUUCCAUUUGUACAUAAUGUAAUCUGUGAUUCCUUGAAGUAUAUUUUUAUAACACUAAGUUGAUCGCGCGCGAACAUGCGAUCGAUUCUUUUUUUUUUUAAAUCAUGUUUUAAAUCUUGCGCGUCUGCCUUUAAUCCCAUUUCUCGUGAAUGUAUCGUGCUUUCCUUCUUACAAUUUUUCAAAAUUUUCUUUAUAAUCCUUUAAUAUAUAUUGUUGGUUAUAUAUUAUCAAUUUCAUUCAUAAAUCAAGUCACUGAUUAGAUAGACGGAAAUUAUAAUGUUGUUUGGUACCAAUCCUACAUCUAUCGUUCCGCGUAAUAUGCGACUGUCAGUGCUUGGUAAUUCUCAAGCAGUUUGAUCAUUAUUGUGAGGUGAAUGUUUUGCGGAUCUGGCUAUGUAAAUUGCAUCAUGUAAUCGAGACAGAAAUUAUGAAACAGAAACUGUACUGUAGACGCGAAUUAACACACAAUCCGCAUUAAGCAUUCAAGUAUAUGCGGCAACUCGGCUAAUGUGUAUUGUUGAUAUGGUUUGUGCGGUGGAAAGUAAUUAAAAGUAAUAAAUUGGUAUACAUUUUUUUCCUA